AAAAAACUGUCAAGUGUCAGGUGUCAACUUAUUUUCCCUGUAAGAGUAUAGGAUAAAGAGUAGUAUAAUAAUACGGGGUACAGGACCUCGUACAUGGGUCGCGAACGUAUAUUAAUCAGGCUCCCGUGACCUUUUCACUCAAAAGGCUCGACGAAAAACAGAGGGGUCACGGGAGCUGUUUGUCAGCGACCCUUCAUGUAUAAUAAUAUUGUCCAUUUGUUCUGUCUAUGGUCUAUGACCGUCUAUGCCUAUCUCAAUUGUCAUUUGUCAAUAUUCAUCAAAAAAUUUAGGUUUCAAAAUUGUUAUUGUGAUUUGUGACUAGAAGAGAUUAACGUGAAGCAAAUUCAAAUUUAAAUUUUGUGUUUUUACUACAAUCCUAAUUGUAAUUUUUUAAUUAAAGUAUGAUUGUUAUUCAUAUAUAAUAAAUACUGUUAUGGUGUAUUUAAGUAUGCAAUAUGAAUACUUCAAUUAAUUUGUGUUAUAUGUCGUAAGAAAAUAAAAGUUUUUAAAAUAACUAGGUAUAUAAAAAUGAAUACAUUAGUAAAUUUACCCGAUGUCAUUUUUAAUUAUUAUUUUAUUAUCGGCGGUUUUUUUAUAACUUACUUGAUAUAUCGAACAUUUCAUUCAUUGAUUGGAACGGAUAAUUUUAUGCAAACAAAAUAUAGAGUUCGUGGACAUACUUGGAGAAGCAUCCAGUGCAAUAAAUCAAUUCCAUAUAACAUUCAUUGCAUAAUAUGUGGCAAACUUAUGUUGUCCCUGGAUGGGCUAUUUUGUGAAUGUUGUGGAGUGAGCGCAUGCAAAUACUGCUAUAGGGCAGUUGAUAGGAAAAUAAGGUGUAAAGAAAUCACAUGGAUUGAGGAUAAACCUUUUCCCCAUCUUUGGGUAAAUGUUGGAUCACAUGGAGAGUCAGAUCAAAAUGAAGAUUUGGAAAGUCUUAAAAAUUUCUUUUGUUGCUGGUGCCAUAGAACUGUUCUAACUGGAGAAUUAAGCGUGCUCAAAAAUGAGCCAUGUGAUUUUCAAAAGUAUAAAAAUAUUAUAAUACCUCCUCCAUGUGUUAAGGUAGAAAGGAAUAAGAUCAUGUGCAUAAAUCCUGUUGAUGAUGCUGAUUGGGAGCCUUUGAUUGUAUUUGCUAAUCGAAAAUCUGGAAGCAAUAGAAGUGAUGAAGUUCUCUCUAUUUUCCGUGGACUUCUAAAUCCUUUACAGGUUGUGGACAUAAGCCGAAGUGCACCAGAGAGCGUGGUGCGAUGGUUGCCGCCGCGCUGCCGCGUGCUGGUGGCGGGCGGCGACGGCACCGUCGCUUGGGUGCUCAACGCGCUGCAUGCUGCUCCGCAUAUUAAAGCGCUAGUAGGUAUCUUACCAAUGGGAACGGGCAACGAUCUAUCGCGAGCACUGGGCUGGGGACCAACUUGUGCCUCAGUACUAGACGCACAUUCCAUCAUAGAUAAUUUGCUACGAGCUGUUGAGCAACCACUGGAUCGGUGGAAAGUGACGAUAACGCCCAAGAAGCGUCGCCUCGGCCGGCUGCGCGGCGAGCGCGUGCUGUUCGCGUACAACUACGCGAGCAUCGGCGUCGACGCGCAGGUCGCACUCGACUUCCACCGCGCGAGGUCGCAGUUCCUCUAUCGAUACGCGAGCCGCACGCUUAAUUACAUGGCGUACGCGCUGCUGGGCGCGGGGCGCGCGCUGGACGCGGGCGGGUGCGGCGGGCUGGAGCGGCGCGUGCGCGUGUGGGCGGCGGCGGCGGCGGCCGGCCCGCUCGCGCUGCCGCCCGUGCAGGCGCUCGUCGCGCUCAACAUACCCUCCUGGGGCGCCGGCGUCGAUCUCUGGAGUCUGGGUAGUGAAGAAGUACCUGAGCAAAGCAUGAGCGAUGGAAAACUGGAGGUGGUGGGAAUAUCCUCAUCAUUCCACAUAGCCAGGCUGCAGGUUGGCUUAGCGGAACCUUUCCGAUUCACACAGGCAUCCACUGUUAAGAUUGAAUUGGAAGGAUCGUGCGCCAUGCAAGUAGAUGGUGAACCAUGGAUGCAAGGUCCCGCCACGAUAUUCAUAGAACACGCCGGCCGUAGCCGUAUGCUUUCUCCCACUACCAUGAUAAACGAGUAAUUUAUUCAAAUUUGUACCAGUGACACAAUUAUAACAAAAUAGUCAAAAACCUGACUGUGCGAACAAUUAUACAGUUACAGUUGGAUUCACCGCCUUAAAUAUCAUAUCACCCAGCUAUAUAGAAUAAACAUUAUAAUUAUUUUGGUGCCAAAUGUCCGCUAUUUUAUAUUUUCUAUGUAUAAUUUUGAUCUGUAUUACUCUCACAGUUAAAAGGAAAUAAUUGUUUACGCUGUAUUCAUUCCAAAGAAAUAUAAUAUAUACAAAAUACACGAAAAUCAUUCCCUUCCUUCUGAUGAAUCGGAUAAACGAAUUAAAAAAACACCAUUUGUAAAUGCGGCUGUGUCCAUAUCGACAGACUACCUCAUUCAAAAUAAUAAUUUAAAAUUUCCUGCCCAAUAAUUACGUGAAGUGUUAUGAGUGGGUCGAACCAAACUCUCUAAAUUCGUCAUGUAGGGGUCAGUGGGUGUUACAGAAAAAAAAAAAAAAUUCUUUCGAAGUAAGUUUCACAAAUGUGUAAAAUUGUCUUUUAAAUCCUUAAUUUAUGAUUUACAUAAAUAAUCAUGAUAUUUGACCAUGACGGUAGAGGAUGUGAAGAAAGAAAGAAACGUUUAUUUUUUUCUGAUGUCAGCAUAUAUUCAAAUUGUUCAUGCCUUCCGCAUACGAGGCGUAACAAGAAACGUCUUACGUAUGUAACGAUACGCUCGGCUCCCACAACGCUUUGUGUGCGGACUUGUUUAUACAUUUUUGUGUGAGAUAUCACUACGCUUACGCCUCGUGUGCGAAGUGGGUCUUUUUAUAAAAAAGAAUGUGAUAUCUAUAAUUUUGUAGCAUAAAAUUAAUUUUGUGUGAAGCAAAUGUAAUAUAAAACAUAAAACCCUGAAUGUAUUAAGUAUCUUUUAAAUAAUAAUUAUACUGUUAUGGUAUUUUAAAAUACAUUGCACAUUAAUAUAUAUUAUCUUUUUAUGCAAAUUCGGCAAUUUACUUCGUGUUAUCGUGUCAUAAGUUAUGGUAAUUAUUAAAUAAAUUUAACCUUAAUUGUAUGAGAAUUUGACAAUUUAUAUUUAGGCACUAUUUAAUUAUUUCUUCAGCAUAGUGGUAUUUAUUCGUCUUAUCCUACUAAUAUUAUAAAUGCGACUGUUUGUGAGGAUGGAUGGAUGUAUGUUUUUUUGCUCUUUCAAGAGACCUCCUUUGAAAACCUGUAUUUUGAUGAUACUCUGCAUUGAUAAACUAUAGAAAUACUUUUGUCAUGUGGCACAUCUAGAAGGUACUACAUAUAGUUUCUUUUUGUAUCAAAAACGCGUUGAACAUUUUAGAUCAGUUUACAAUAUUGGUAAAUUACUGUCUAUAUUUUGUUCUUAGGAACAAACUACAAACAUUUUCUUGUUUAUAAAUAUUUAAUUUUGAUAAUACUUGUAUGCUAUAUUAAAGACUAAAUGUGUAUAAGGAUUAGACCUUAUUAUUUAUUAAUACGUCUGAUUACAUUGUGAAAAAUGUUUUAAGCGUCCAAGUAAUUCUUGUUUACAUAAUAUGUAUAAUGCUAUUAAUUAAAAAAAGAUCUUUUGUUCCUAUUGAAUCUCCGCCAUAGUAAAGUAUAAGUGUACCAGAAUAAUUAAGAGGUAUAUUAUAUUAUCGAAUGUUAUUAUUUAUGCCAAAGAUUUGUAAUUGAUGUGUGUUGUUUAAUAUAUUAUGUGAAACAAA